CGUAACAAAGUGUUUGAAGGAUUCCAGAUCCAAACACCGUUAAUCCAGCCAAGUUAAAUCCUGAGACUCUAGUAAUAACUAAUAAGAAUACUUCCACGUGACUCCACGGCUUUUCCCCGGAUGAAGGUGCGCCAGCUGUUGGAGACGCGUACACCUCAAGAAAGCUCCUCUCGUGGUGGAAGAGACAAGGAAGUGCUCGCGUCUAUUCCGUCCCCUCGGUCUCCGCGGAACGCUUUUCACGCGGAACGAACUACAUGCAGUCGUUGAUUGUGACGUGACAUAACGUAGGGCGCGAGGGGGAGGGGUUUUUGCGAUAGCGAGCCGGGCGCCCGCCCAGGGCGGCUGAAGCUCCUUCCUCUUCGGCGACUUCCGUUCGGAGCCGAGCCUUGGCUGUUUUUGUUGUUGCCGCCGCCAUUACAUCAUGUAUCGGCAAAACCUUCGCUCUCUUACACCUCCGUACUCAGGUGGCGGGGGGUUCCGGAGUCCCCCCUCUGGUGGCGGCGGCUUCAUUCCGGUCUCCCCGCAGGCCUACCGGAGCCCCCAUCACACGCCACCUUACGGUAAUCGCGCGCGGCCCUACGAAGUCCCCGCCCGCUCUCCCCGCUUCCAGCCGUGCGGGGAUGGCGGGGGCCGCUUCGGGGGCCCAUCUCCAGGGGCAGCGCACACGCCGCGCAGGCCCCACAGUGCCAGCCCCAGAUAUUCGGCUCCCUACAGUGGCGGCAGGUCCCCCAGCGGAACGUUCUACCAGCAGCAGCCCUUCAAGCAGCCGCCGUCGGGGGGCUACCAGAGAUACGGCCAGGGAUCACCCAGGACAUCUACUCCAUUUGGUACACCGCAUGGCAGAGAGAAAAGAGGGUCUAAUGAUGAUGAUGUGGAAAAAUAUUACAAACCUUCCAUGCUUGAGGACCCGUGGGCUGGCCUUGAGCCAGUAUCUGUAACAGAUGUUAACCAACAAUUCAGCAGUGGCCAAACAACAUACACUGGUAAAAAGGGGAGGUACUUCAGUUAAUAGUGGAAGUGAAAUAACACCAGCAGUGAAAAACUGGGACAAAAUCUUCCUACUUGAGGUGACAAGUAUUCAAGGAUGUAGAUCAUGCUUUUAUUUAAACUACCUGUACUUUUAUUCUGCCAUUUUUACUACAUCACAUAUUUUUAUAUGUGGGAAGAAAGGAGUAAUGGGAUACCUUGACACUCCUGACUGUGGAAGGGGCCAUCCAGCUAUGAAGAACAAAAUAUUCUUUAGGCACCAGCAAUUGGAUUGUGACUGUUUCUAAUAUUUUCCUCUUCCAUAUCAGAUUGCACAAUAUGUUUAUUGUUAACUUCCUCAAGAAGUGAUAUCCUUUUAUGUUUGAACAUUUUUAGAACAAAGAGCUUUGAAAUAAAAGUUGAUGUUUUAUAGUACAUGCAAAUAUUUUACUAUUUUUUGUUAGACCAUACUUCAGGUAACGGUAUGGAAAUAAAUGUUUUCUGUAAAUACUUGCACAUUAUGGUAAGCUUUUAUACAGCCUUGCAGAUCUAGUGUGAAACAAUUUUAGCAGUUGUGGCAAAUGUUUUCUUCAGCAAACUAUAUUCAGCUGUCUAUUUUUGUAUUUUAAAUUUUACUUAUGAAGGAACUCUUUAGUUAGUAGCAAGAAAUCACCUUGUACAGGCAUGUUUAACCUGCAUAUAAAAAUUGUUCAGUACAGACA